AUGGACAUCGACAGUGCCGCUGCAUCCUCGGGAGUCACAAUGGAAGAUCUGCUUUCGGCAGGAUCAAAGGCAUACUCUGCUACCGAUGCUACUCCCGAUGCUGCUCUCUCAGCACAACUCGAGCGGCGCAAACUUGCUCGCAGUCUCGCUAUUCCCACUUCCGAUGCAAAAGUCAGGCUAGGUCUUCGAGAGCUGGGAGAAGCGACAAGAUGUUUUGGAGAAGGCGAGAUGGAUCGUCGCGAGCGUUUGCGGCAGCUGCUCGCCCAACGCUUGCAGGAGACAGGACAACAACUGGCAGGUGCAUCCCAAGCAUCUCCUCCCCAUAGCGACGACGGCGACGAAGACGACAGCAGUGACGAGCAGGAGCAAGAAUUCUACACAGAAGGACCGCCUGCGCUUCUCGAAGCAAGACGGAGGAUAGCAUGCUUCUCUCUGCAACGCUCCAAACUGCGUCUCGCUAUGCAACGCAAAGAUGCUAAAGUGCCACUGGCAUCGAUGGUCAAGCUACGCAACCAAGUUUUCCAACCCAUCAAGACAUAUGCCAAUCUCGGAUCGCAGCUUUGCGACGAUCGACCGGUCUCGAUGAUCCGCUUCUCACCCAACUCGCAACUCUUAGCAACGGCAAGUUGGUCCGGCAGCAUCAAACUCUGGGAGGUGCCGAGUGCCACUCACAAAGCCACCUAUCGAGCACAGAGGGACAAGGUCGGUGGGCUGGCUUGGCAUCCGCGUGCGACGCUUUCACACGAUCCUGCUGCAGUCAACUUGGUUUCCGGUGCAGGCGAUGCCUCUGUCUGCCUAUGGAGUCUACAGAGUCACCGUCCACUGGCAAGCAUGGAGGGACAUGAAGCGAGAGUUGCAAAAACAGCUUUCCAUCCCAGCGGUGAUUACGUCGCAAGUGCAUCCUUCGACGGCACAUGGAGGCUCUGGCAUCUUUCCACUACACAAUGCUUGGCCGUGCAGGAGGGGCAUAGCAAACCAGUCUACUCGGUUGAGUUUCAGGAUGAUGGAGCCUUGGUGGCAAGUGGUGGUUUGGAUGCCAUAGCAAGGGUGUGGGAUAUGCGAACCGGUAGGACGGCCAUGGUGUUGGAUGGACAUGCCAAAGAAAUCCUAUCCAUCGAUUUUGCGCCUAAUGGUUACCAGAUCGCCACCGCUAGCGGCGACGAUACUGUGAGGAUAUGGGAUAUGCGUACUCUCAAAUCCAUCUACACCAUCCCAGCGCACAACUCGAGCGUUUCCGACGUUCGCUUUUUCCGUUCUCUCAGCCACCGCAAACAUCCUUUCGCCGAAAGUAACGCAGAAGAAGAAGAACAACAACAACAACAACAACAACAACAACAACAACAACAACAGGAGCAUGCAAUCAGCAGCAAUGGUCUCUACCUCGCCACCUCUGGCUACGAUGGAAUGGUCCGCGUUUGGUCCGCCGACGACUGGCAACUGCUAACCACGCUCAGCAGCGAUACGGGUAGGGUGAUGAGUGUCGAUAUAAGCAGCAAUGGAGAGAUGCUUGCCAGUAGCGAAUCAACUCGCACUUUCAAACUCUGGGGGUCGCUGUAA